AAGCCAUUCUGGUUCGUCUCUUUCGCUAGCUUAAGGCGGAACAUAAACAAAAACCCUAGCUUCUUUUCUUCCUUCAGCUAUUCGAAACCAUGUCGAAGAGAAAGACUAAAGAGCCUAAGGUGGAGAAUGUGACCCUUGGACCAAGUGUUCGUGAUGGAGAGCAAGUUUUCGGAGUUGUUCACAUUUUUGCUUCAUUCAAUGACACUUUCAUUCACGUGACUGAUUUGUCUGGACGGGAAACACUUGUUCGCAUCACCGGAGGGAUGAAGGUGAAAGCUGACAGGGACGAGUCCUCACCUUAUGCAGCUAUGCUUGCUGCACAAGAUGUCGCUCAGCGAUGCAAGGAACUCGGAAUCACUGCUAUACAUGUGAAGCUUCGUGCCACUGGUGGUAACAAGACUAAGACCCCUGGACCUGGUGCUCAGUCUGCCCUAAGAGCCCUUGCCCGUUCUGGCAUGAAAAUUGGUCGCAUUGAGGAUGUUACUCCAAUCCCAACUGACAGUACCCGCAGAAAGGGUGGAAGAAGAGGAAGGAGGCUGUGAGUUUUGUUGUUGGCGUUUCUGGAAUCCCUUUUGGGCUCGACUCCAUAUUUAGCUCUCUCAAUGUUUCACUUUGUCUUUUCUUAGAAUGAAAAGAGUUUUGAAUUUAAUAUGCUUUGUUAUACAGUCUCAACUCUUAACAGCUUUGAAUCUUCUGUUAUAUUACCAAAUGAUUUUCAAAAUGUGGUAUUCAUAUUAUCUCUUAAACA